AUGAGCUUGCUUAUUUGGAUAUUCUUCCUCAAAAUUUAUUUUACUUAUGCUGAUAGUGAUGGUCCCUGGUCUUUGCUUGGAUUUUCAGGCUACUCAGGAGAAAUCGUGAUGAACAACCUAACAGGCUCAUCUCUUUUUUAUUGGCUUUUUCAAGCAUAUAAAGGCAAUAUUCUCACAGAUAAAUUACCUAUAAUUCUAUGACUUCAAGGAGGACCAGGCUGUUCUGGGGAAACUGGCAUGCUUUUUGAAAACAUCGGCGCAUUUAAUAUAGACAAUUCCGCUAACCCAUUUAUAAACCCUUACACCUGGGCCACUGAUUUUCACGUGAUUGCUGUCGAUUAUCCCUUUGGAGCUGGAUUUUCAUUCGCAAACGCUGCUUAUGAUAUGAAAAAUACCACGAUCCAAGCCUCCGCUUACCUUUACAACUUUUUAGUAAAAUUAAGCAAUAAAUACCCAACCUGGCUUAACCGAGAUCUCUAUAUAUUUGGGAGCAGCUAUGCUGGGCAUUGGGUCCCUGGAAUUGCUUAUACAAUUUUAAUGAAUAAUCUUUCCCCAAAUUCCCCUACAAAAUUCCAAUUAAAAGGAAUCGGUAUUGGAGACCCUUGAAUUGAAGCUUUGACACAAACCCAGUACUACUCAGACUAUGCUUAUCAACACAGUCUUAUAGACAAUGAAGAAAUAAACAUAAUAGAGCAGCUGCAAGCACAAAUUGUCAAUGAAUUAAACAGUGGGAAUUUAUUGCAAGCCAAUUCUGAUAGGGAAAGCAUUUUGUCUGAUAUUUCAAGCUAUGCAGGAGGGAUUGACCCAUUAAAUGUAAGGUACUUUGGGAAUCAUUAUAAUUUGGGAAAUAUUAGUAAUUGGCUUAAUUCAGCCUCUACAAAAACACUGCUGCAUGCACCUGCGAAUAUUAUAUGAAGUGACUGUAAUGGGACUGCCGGGGCUGGGUUUAUUGAAGAUAAAAUGACUUCAAUGGCGAGCUAUUUUCCUUUUAUUUUGGAUAAUAUAAAAGUUGUUAUAUGGAGUGGACAAGACGAUUUGAGGGUAAACUCGAUGGGGACUCAAGCUUUGUUAGCAAAAAUGAACUGAAGCUAUAUUAAUAACUUUUUGGCUGCUAAUAAGAUUGUGUGGGCUGUUAAUGGACAAGUAGCAGGGUAUGUGACUACUUAUAAUUCCUUAACGUUCAUAUCUAUGCUAAAAGCUGGCCAUUUAGCUUCUCACGAUCAACCACUCAACGCAAAAGAUAUGGCAUAUAGAUUUAUCAAUAAUGCAGGAUGGCAAUAA